GGCGCGGCAAGGGGCGGGGCCCGGCGACGGGGGAGGCUGUUUAAAGUGGCGCUUGCGGCGCGCCAAGGGGAUGGCGGAGCCGGCGGACUACCCUCCGUUCCAGCUGGGGAAGCCCCGCUUCGAGCAGACUUCAUUUUAUGGCAGGUUCAGGCACUUCUUGGACAUCAUCGAUCCUCGGACUCUCUUUGUUACUGAGAGUCGCCUGAAGGAAGCUGUGCAGCUGCUGGAGGAUUACAAGCAUGGGACUUUGCCCCCAGGAGUCACCAACAAGGAGCUCUGGGGAGCUCAAAAAAUUAAGCAGGCCAUCAUCCACCCUGAUACGAAUGAGACCAUCUUCAUGCCCUUCCGAAUGUCAGGUUACAUUCCCUUUGGAACGCCCAUUGUUGUUGGUCUUCUCUUGCCCAACCAGACGCUGGCAUCCACUGUGUUUUGGCAGUGGUUGAACCAGAGCCACAAUGCCUGCGUCAACUAUGCAAACCGCAACGCGACCAAGCCUUCUCCGACAUCCAAGUUCAUCCAGGGCUACUUGGGAGCUGUCAUAAGUGCUGUCUCAAUAGCAGUGGGCCUUAAUGUUCUGAUUCAGAGAGCAAACAAGUUUACUCCUGCCACUCGGCUCUUGAUCCAGAGGUUUGUGCCAUUCCCUGCCGUCGCUAGUGCCAAUAUCUGCAACGUUGUCCUGAUGAGGCACACGGAGCUGGAAGAAGGAAUUGAUGUUUUAGACAGCAACGGAAACAUCGUUGGGUCUUCCAGAAUUGCUGCAAAACACGCACUGCUAGAAACGGCUCUGACUCGAGUGGUCCUGCCAAUGCCUAUACUGGUUCUACCUCCAAUUAUUAUGUCCAUACUGGAAAAAUUGAGACAUCUCACCUGGAGCCCGAAAUCGCAAUGGCCACCACCAGUAAGACUGUGGUCUACAAUAAAGGACUGUAAGUGGAAGUGGAGCAUCUCAGCCCAGAAGACCUGGGGAGGGCAAGGAAGGAAACUUCCUGACUGGGGAAAAGAAAACAACAGCAAGCUACAGCAAAUCCUAGAGCUCAGUGACGGUAGUGUAUUGCUGCUCCCAGUGAGCUGGGAGUGAACUAACACUCGCAGAGAACUGACAGCUCACACCAGUCACAAAGGUUAAUGUUAAAAGUUUUAAAUUAGCAUCAACAAAACAAAUCACAUCCAAACACCUUAGAGAAGUACCUAGGGAAGAACCUCAGAACUCACUAGCACUGCAUGGGGGGAUGUUUGACUGCGUGGCUAUCUCUACCUACAUGAGAUUAGGCUUCACUGAGCUAAUCUUGGAGUCGAUGCAAGUUAAAUCUCCACAAGGCUGCUGCACAGCAGCCAUUCCGUAGAGCUGGACAGGUGCAUGAGUGUGAAGCACUUGGUAGGGUGUUUGAGAAGUGACCUGCAUUGAUUUCAUGCCCAUCCUGCCCCAGCCACCGUGCACAAAAGCAGCUGUCCAUGGCUUGUCACCCAGCAUUCCUUUAGCACCGCCAAGGUCACAGCCUGUGCCCCCUCUGCCCCUUCCACCUUCUUCUCCAGAAGGUCCCAGUGGCAUCCUGCCCAUUUGUUGUGCUUGCAAGAUUUUAUGUCCCAGGAGCCUACCAUGAGGUGUACCUGCAAGGGCUUUUGCCCAGGAUUCAAGAUACUGGAAAGCCAAGAUGCCCUCAUGUUGAGAAGGGAUCUCAUAGCAAAACCACCACACAUAUGCUCUUUUGCUUUUGGAGAAUGAAGGGUGGGGUUUGUCCCACCUAAUGUAGACCCUGUAAGGUUGUUAAUCUAAGGUAAUUGGCCAGGCCUCACUUUGCCAGACCUAUUGUCUAAGGACAGAAUAUGUUGUAACUUCUGAUCAGCUCUGGCCAGACAGGUGGUCUAAAUGUAGGUCUCUUCCCUUCUCUUCCCUUCCAUUCCCUAUGCUAGUGCAGAGGAGGACCUAGAGCAGGGACUGGCAGGCAGGAUGGCUUCACUUGGCAGAGGUGCCAGGCUGAUAGCUUCAUGAGCCUGCAACCUCAGAGGAGUGAACUGUCCUCUGGACAUGGCUCCCUGUCUGUCUGCCUCUUCAACUGCUCCACUUUGAUAUGCUUCAAGUGAGGUGGGCAAGUGCCCACCAGCACUGCCCCAAAUGCUGCUCUCACAUGGGUUUGGGCUCAUAAUUUGGCUUUUUGGUGUCUUGUACCCAAGAAUAAACCCUGAGUCACUCUGUGAAGACAGUGCAGGGUUUGAACAUGGCCACCAGCAGCAGCCCAGUGCCAUCUGCCUCUGGAUCCUUGUGGGGAUGGAGCUGUGGUGGUGCUGAGCACGGCCAAGCGCACAGGCUGUCAUCUUCCAAA